CGUAGAAGCAUGGCUAUACACUAAGCAGUAAUUAUUUGAGUCAUUUUGCGCUUGCCCUUACUUGUCGCGGCUCAUGGUUUUGCUACGUAAAUGGCUGCUCUUAGCCGCCAUUUGCGUGCUGAAGGAUAGUGUUUGAGGGCCUGCUAGCAUGAGAGCAUUGCGUUGUUGCCGACCCGUCGAUAGGGAAAACUGUGCUCGCUCUUAAGUCUUAACGCUCUGGCCGUAAGGAAAAAUAUGCUUCGACUGGACGUAUAAAGGUCUGCUGUAGCUAGCUAAAUGGGGGCGCAUAUUUCGCAAUGCUUUGGGCAGCCCGCCCCUUCUCCCGACAUCGGUGCGAAGCCUGGAGUGCUGCCUCCUGGUUCCAUCACAGCGGAGAAGCAUGAACAGCAGCUCCCUUUGCCAAGCUCUUCAGCAUGCCAAUGCUCGGUCAAGAGCGAUGGGGCAGCAGCAACCUGUAGGGGGCAGUGCGCGAGGAUACCGGCAGGAAACGCGACAUUGCACACGGCAGUACCAAGCAGUCAUGGCGUCUCGGUGAACCCUAUAGAGCGGCUGUGCCGCGAGACAGACGACGGGCUUGCAGUCCUGGACUACGCCGCCCUAAACGCCGAGCUCCGUGACUUCCCCCAGCCCGUCGCCGUCCUCUACGUGUCCCACGUCUCGCCCUCCUGCGCAUUCGACACGGCUCAGAGCAGCAUCGGCAGCGCCAUGGGCCCCUUCCAGGCCGCCCCCGGCUUGGACGCCGCUCUCACGGUUCGGCGCCAGAGUGGCGGUGUGCCGGUGUCGCUGGUGUUCUCCGCGGGGCAGGGCUCCCUGGAGCUGGGUUGCGUGCUGGCGAACCCCGCUGCGGUGUGCGCGCUGCAGCUGCGGGAGGAGCGCGAGCUGCUGUCCUACCUGGCGCGCAGCUUCGGGAAGGACCCCGGGCUCAAGGUGCUCUUCCAGGACAUCAUAAAGCGGCUGCUGCAGGGCCAGCUGCAUGCCGUACACCACUUCGUGCCCGGGGACUUUGGCAGCGACCGCUACUUCCUGUCCGUCAGGAUCUCCCCCUUCGUGUACCGCUACUCCGCCCCCGCCGAGGGAGGCCUCCUGGACUCCUCCUCCCCCCGCAACAGCCCCGGGCUGGGGGCCCCCCCGCACGCGGCGGGCGGGGAGGGGGGUGUGCCGCACGUGGCUCCCGCCAUGAUCCUGGAGCUGGAUGUGCCGUACGAGGGCAAGGAGCUGGCGGCGCGGCUUCAGCGGGACUACCUGAUGCUCUCCAACAUCCCCUCCAUCGUCACCAUGUUUGACAUGGCGGGUCGUGUGCUGCACCAGAACCGCUC